CAUUUCUUCCAAUAAUCCAUGUACCCGCCUCCCUGCGCUCCCAAAUAGAUGGUGCAAGUAAAAAUGUCCAAAUCUUCCGCAGACCCUCUGUCUGGUGUAGAGACCGGCUCCCAGUCACACUAUUUUCAGUUGCCCAGGAAGUUACCAAAGCGCAAGAGUCGUUUUAAACGCUCGGAUGGCAGCACCUCCUCUGACACCACGUCUAGCUUCAUCAAACGACAGGGUUCAGCCGAUUCGUACACGAGCAGACCUUCUGAUUCCGACCUGUCAGCGGAGGAGGAUCGCGAGGCGUAUCGGCGUGAAGCCGAGCGCCAGGCCCAGCUGCAGCUCGAAAGGGCAAAGACCAAACCUGUAGCGUUUGCCGUGAAAACAAACGUGAGCUACUGCGGGGCUCUGGAUGAAGACUGUCCUGUCCAGGGUGCCGCAAUCAACUUUGAAACCAAAGACUUUCUUCACAUCAAGGAGAAGUACAACAAUGACUGGUGGAUCGGGCGUCUGGUGAAGGAGGGGGCCGACAUCAGCUUCAUCCCCAGCCCCCUCCGACUGGAGGCCAUGAGGCUCAAGCAUGAGCAGAAACAGCAGAGGAAAGGUGGGGGGAACUCCUCCUCCAGUCUAGGGGACAUGGUGACUGGUGGCUGGAGAUCCACGCCGCCCUCUGCAGCCAAACAGAAGCAAAAGCAAGCUGAGCACAUUCCUCCAUAUGAUGUGGUUCCCUCCAUGAGGCCCGUGGUUCUGGUGGGGCCCUCACUGAAGGGCUACGAGGUUACCGACAUGAUGCAGAAAGCUCUGUUUGACUUCCUGAAACAUCGCUUUGAUGGAAGAAUCUCCAUCACACGAGUCACGGCGGAUCUUUCUCUGGCCAAGAGAUCUGUGCUAAACAAGAGGCCCAUCAUGGAGCGCUCAAACACACGCUCCAGCUUGGCCGAGGUCCAGAGUGAGAUCGAGCGGAUAUUUGAGCUGGCCAAAACCCUCCAGCUGGUCGUUCUGGACGCGGACACCAUCAACCAUCCGGCCCAACUUGCCAAAACCUCCCUGGCGCCAAUCAUUGUGUAUGUCAAAGUCUCCUCUCCAAAGGUCCUCCAGAGGCUGAUUAAGUCCCGUGGGAAGUCCCAGAGCAAACACCUGAAUGUCCAGAUGAUGGCUGGUGAUAAAUUGGCCCAGUGUCCUCCUGAGAGCUUCGACGUCAUCCUGGACGAGAACCAGCUGGAGGACGCCUGUGAGCACCUGGCUGAGUACCUAGAUGUCUACUGGCGCGCCACUCAUCUGCCAGGCACCGCCUCUCUCAACCCACUAUUGGAUCAAAACCUGAUGACCCCGCCCUCGGCUAUCUCUAGCCUUCAGUUCUCUGAAACACAGGAAUUAAUUGAAUGAUCGCUUACCAAAACGGGAACCAGAACCAGCAGCUGCUGCCGGCGGGGGGUGCCGGGGGGGCGGACGAGGAGGACCAGGGGGAGCAGGACAGC